AAGUUAUUGACAGUGGUUGGGAUAGGUCUGUUAUGAUCACACCGCGGAUCAGAUCUAACAUUAAUCGGAAAUGAAUACUUUCUUGUGUCUUGUGCUUUCUAUAAUAUUAGCUGUAUUCCUCUUCUUCAAGAAGAAGUACUCUUACUGGAAGGAUCGCGGUGUGAAAUAUGUAGAACCCUCGUUUCCGAUGGGAAAUUUUCCAUUUGUGCGGGCACAUUUUAAAGACUUUAUCGCUAAUUUAUAUAAGUAUAAAGAGAACAGCCCACUUCUUGGAGCUUAUAUCGUUACGAAACCUGUGGUAAUUGCAGUUAGUCUCGACUUCAUACAAAAAGUCUUAGUGAGUGAUUUCAGCAGCUUCCAUGAGCGGGGAAUGUACGCGAACGAAGCUGAUGAUCCACUAUCUGCUCACAUGUUUUCUUUGGAUGGUGAAAGGUGGAAAUCCAUACGAACAAAACUAUCUCCGACGUUCACCUCUGGUAAAAUGAAGCAUAUGUUUCCGAUAGUUGUGGAGGUGGCCGAUAGAUUCAAUGACACUCUCGCUAGUAUAGUAAAAGUUGAGACCCAAUUAGACAUGAAAGAUUUGUUGGGAAGAUUCACGACUGAUGUGAUUGGAACGUGUGCGUUUGGAAUUGAAUGCAACAGCUUAGAGAACCCCGAAUCAAUGUUCCGCCAUUAUGGGAGGAAGGUUUUUGAUGACCCACAUCUGAGCCCAUUUAUGCAAAUGCUGGUCAUUCAGUAUCCAAAGCUAGGGCAGAAAUUACACAUAAAAGUCCUAUCCCCAGAUGUGGCUGAAUUCUUCUUGGACUCAGUUGGAAAAACUAUCGAAUACCGCAAAAAAAAUAAUGUAUGCCGUAAUGAUUUCAUGGAUUUGCUAAUACAACUGAAGAACGGAAGUGACUUGGAAAAUGAGAAUGCUAAGCAAUCAGAAAAACUAAGUCUGGAAGAGGUCGCCGCGCAAGCAUUUCUGUUUUUCGCUGCUGGAUUCGAAACUUCUUCUACCACGAUGAUGUAUUGUCUCUACGAGUUGGCCCUUAAUUCUGAUAUUCAGGAGAGAGGACGUCAAGAAAUUAAUGAAGUUUUACUCAAAUACAAUGGACAGCUAACUUAUGAAGCUAUUAAAGAAAUGAGUUAUGUUGACCAGAUAAUAAGUGAGGCCCUUCGAAAGUAUCCUCCAGCAGUUUUUGUAAUGAGAAAAGCAGUUCACAAUUACAACAUACCAAACACGAAGUCAAUCAUUGAGAAAGGAACAGAGAUUUUCAUCCCAGUUUAUUGUAUUCACCAUGAUCCCGAAAUAUAUCCAGAACCUGAGAUUUUUGAUCCAGAGCGCUUUUCUCCGGAACAAGUAAAUAACCGUCAUUCAAUGUCAUUUUUGAGUUUUGGUGAUGGGCCGCGAAACUGCAUAGGGUUGCGGUUCGGAAGAAUGCAAUCAAGGAUAGGCUUGAUAACACUAUUAAAGAAUUAUCGAUUCACACCUGGCCCAAAAACAAUGAUUCCAAUCAUUUUCGAUCCUGAGAAAGCAGUGUUGACUCCACAAGGAAAGAUGUUUUUGCAAGUUGAAACAAUUUAAAAAUAUUUAAUGC